AUGGCCGACGAGCAGACACCAUCCACGGAGCAGACAGCCCCUACCGCCGAAGCCCAGAAGAAGAAGCCCCGCAAGCUGAACAAGAAGCCAGCAGAGGAGCCCACAGAAGAGCCAGAGAAGCAGCCCGACGACUCGACUGAUGCUCCCGAGCCAUCAAAGCCCGAAGACAGCACGCCACAGACGGAAGCCGAACCAAAGCCCGCGAAGGAAAGACAGCGCCGCAACCGUCGCUCUCGACGGCCGUUCCGCGACGAGGACGAAUCCGAAGCCAGCGAGCAGGUCGAGCGCCCCCGUCGGCGCCGUCCACGCACCCAGCGCCAAUUCCAGGCGCCGGAUGAGACCUCUGGAAGGGAAGUAGGCCGGCCCCGACCGGACCCGUCGAACUCCUUCUUCAGCGAUUCACCACAGCAGCCCUUCUGGGGAAACCAACAGCAAACCCAGCCCGCCGCUGAAAAGCAGGAGAAGGGCCAGGAUAAUACCCUGAGCUUGCGGUUGGAGUUGAACUUGGAAAUCGAAGUGCAAUUGAAGGCGAGGAUCCACGGUGAUUUGAUGCUGGCAUUAAUGUGA